AUGGGUACAGGAUCGCUGGCCGUUGUUCCUUAUAUUUCUUCACAUGGCGGAGACUGGCGACAGCUCUACCACUUCUGGCCUAUCCCUAUGGCCAUCUCCUUUGUUCUGGUUUUUCUCCCAUAUCCCCAAACCUACUUCAAGCGACCUACUCACGACGAAGCCAGCUCUGGCAUCUACUGCGAUCUACCUGACCUGCCUUCAGGCUUACAACGCAAUGGCUUCAACGGCCUACGUGAUCGUCCUGGUCUCUCUCGAUCACCCUUAGCAUCCUGGACAGCUGUAGGGCAUUGCUGCUACCAAAUAGCAUUUUGUGCCGUAAACUCACUCAUCUUCUGGGUCUUCAUCGCAUCAUCGGUCAACUUCGCUGGCAUGCUCAUCAUUGGCACCACAUACGCACAGAUCCUACAAUCACCUCCCUACAACUUCUCAUCGGUACUAAUCAUGAACGUCAAUAUUUGCUCCGACGUCGGCGCACUCUUUGCAUUCCCGUUGGGCGGUGUUCUCAUUGGCAAAAUUCCGAACCGUCUCGCAAGGCGCAAUAGAGGCGUGCCCGAGGCUGAGCACCUUCUCCUUGGCUACUUCCUUCCUGUCGUUAUAGGCGCUCUCAGCACUUUUAUCUACGGCUUCGCUGCUCGAUGCAAAAUCCACCUCGCCUUUUACUACCUCGCAUAUGGGCUCAUUGGCUUCUCUUGGAGUACUCUAUCGAUUAGCAAUACCAUGUGGGUCACUGAAGCGUUCCCGCAAUGA